AUGCAUAUUCGAAGAUCUCUGCCACUGACCGUCCUCUUCGUGUUCUCCAUUCUUGAACUGGCAGAUUCCUCCAAGAUGUCUAUUAUUGGGGGAAAGGAUGUUAAACCUCACUCUAAACCAUGGAUGGCGUCCAUCCAACUCAAUCAGCAGCACAAGUGUGGAGGGAUUCUUAUUAAAGACCAGUGGGUCUUAACUGCUGCACACUGCAAAAUGUUUCUGGAACCUAAAGAUGCAGUGACUGUUCUUCUGGGUGCUCAUUCCCUGAGGAAAGAGAAGGGCACCCAGCGCAUUAAAGUCAAAAGUUUUCAUCCUUCUGGAACAUUCAGUGUGAAAACCAAGCAAGACGACAUCAUGUUAAUCAAGCUUGAAACAAAAUUCAACAAAAAAGUAGGGAAAGUGAAAGUGUGGACCAUUCCAAAAUCCAGCAAAUCCAGCAAAGAUGUUUCUCCUGGAUCCAAAUGUUCUGUGACAGGUUGGGGACUCACCAGCAAAAAUGUUCCCUCAGACACGCUUAAAGAAGUGAAGGUGACAAUUAUGGACAGAGACCUCUGCAGUUGUUAUUACAACAAUAAGCCUACUAUCACUCAGGAUAUGCUUUGUGCAGGCAACAAGGCAAUAAAGGGAGAUGCUUGCCAGGGGGAUUCCGGUGGACCACUGGAGUGUAACAAAAAAAUUGUUGGUCUAGUGUCAGGUGGACACGGGUGUGGAGACCCCAAGAAACCUGGCGUGUACACUCGUCUGUCAAACAGACACCUUGAUUGGAUCAACAAAAUUCUUAAACAUCAAGCCAACAUCACACAUUUUAAGGGGGCUGUUACUGAUGACCUGGAUUAA